CAUAAUGGUCACGAAGUCAUGACCUGUUGCUAGGAUAAAGAAGAGCACAGAAAAGUGAAGUACACCGUUCAACCGAUAAUGGUGUUACAUACCAAAACCACAUUAUGACAGCGAUCAAAUUGCUUUACGCGGUUUCACGGGACCUCGUAUCUAUAGAAUAUAUGUCAAUGGUUUAUGCUAAUAACCGAAUUCAGUUUCGGGAUUUCGAAACUUUUGGAAGCAGAUUCCGCCCGAUCCCUCCCAAACGUCUUUCAAUCCAUUCCAAUCCCAAACAUACGCGUACCCGCAUACCUCUAGUAAGUGCUGAAUCGAUAACAUUGAAAAUGAUUCGAAAAUAGUAAGGGUCAAGGCUCUUAUUAGUGAUAUAAAAAUACAUUUAAUGUUGAGCUUUCUCCAUACUUCGUUUGUAGUUCUUUAAAGCAGUAACUUAAAUUCGGUAUAUAUCAAAAACUUUUAGAUAACAUCGAAUAAAGUUAAAAAUGACCAAGUGUAAAGUGAAGGUCGGAAUAAUCGGUGGUUCAGGUUUAGAUGACCCUCAAAAUCAAAUAUUAAAUUGUCAAACUAUAAUUACGCGAGGAAAGGCUGAAAAUGAGUUUGGAUUUCCAUCUAGCGAUCUUUACCAUGGAGAUCUUAAUGGUGUAGACGUGGUAUUAUUAUCAAGACAUGGACCAGGUCAUACAACAAGUCCCACUGCAGUAAAUUAUCGUGCAAACAUUGAAGCUCUCCGCUUAGCUGGAUGUACUCAUAUACUUGCUUCAACAGCAUGUGGCUCUUUACAGGAAACUAUUUGUAGAGGACAAUUAGUUGUUCCAGACAGUUUCUUAGAUAGGACAACAAAAAGAAGUAUUACCUUUUAUGAUGGUACUUCACCUAAAUAUUUUGGAGUGUGCCACAUGCCAAUGGAACCAGCUUUUGAUCCAACUACAUCUCAAAUAUUGUUUGAAGUUGGUAAAGAAUUAGGAUAUGACAUAAGAAAAGGAGGAACAAUUGUAAGUAUAGAAGGACCAAGAUUUUCCUCAAAAGCUGAAAGUAAUGCAAUGCGUUUAUGGGGAGGAGACUUAGUUAAUAUGACUACAUGUCCAGAGGUAUAUUUGGCAAAAGAAGCUGGACUUCUAUAUGCAGUUGUAGCAAUGGCAACUGAUUAUGAUUGCUGGAGAGAUUGUGAAGAUAAUGUUCAUGCAGCUGAUGUAAUAAAAGUAUUUAAACAAAAUGUUAGUAAAAUAAGACAUAUACUUACAAAGGCAGUUAAACAUAUUGGUGAAAAAAAUUGGGACAAGGAAAUUGAUGCUUUACAUGAAUUAUGUCAAAGUAGUAAUGUUUCUUCUCAUACUUUAUAAGUUUGUGUAUUUGUAAUGUGACAGUAAGAAUGUACUACUUCGUAUUUCAGAUUUAUGAUAAGUUUGAUAACAAAAACUGCAAUUUAUACACUUCUUAUAAAGGUUUUAAGAAUACAUAUUGUUCGUUUCAAUAAAUAAUAUAAUUAAAAUAAAA